CGUUGUCGUCGUCGCCAAAAUGAUGGCUUGCACAGUGUGUUAACAGAUUUAUGGUCCCGCAGCAUGAGGAAUACCUGACACACACACACACACACAGCAGUCUAGGCUAUAACCAUAUAAGGAUUGGGCGAUGAUGUAAUGGGUGCCACUGGCUGCGAGAGACAGUCCGUGCGCAGAGCACUUCUCAUAAUGUUUGGUUUUCCGCAUGGAAUGUCCACAUCACUGGGAUCUCCGGGAAGGGAGAGGUGAAAGAGUUGAGGCCAAAUAAUCUCUGAGGAUUUGUAAGGAAAAGGACACAGGACGGCAGACUGAAGCUCCUGAUUGUAAAGGAACAACAAUACCAGGAGUUAAAGGAGACUAUCAGCAAGCGAGACAUAUUGCUUCUUAAAGAGGAGCUGAACCGCCUGAAAGCUUUUGCGCUGCUGCUGGUAAAGGACCAUCAGAGUUUGAAGGAGCUGUUGGAGGAGCACAGGCUUCAUGUCAAAGAACUGAGCGCCAUCGCUAAAGGUAUUGAACAGGACGCCAGUCUGGCGAGAGAGAGGCGGCCCAAUUCGAUGCAUCCUGAAGUGGAGCGGCACAAUUCAGCCAGCGACGUCCACCGCUCCCGUCACGCCAUGGCAGCUCAACUUGCUGACGGGUCCGCUCAAAAUCAGCCACUUAGACAGCAGCACUCGAGUGUUGGUUGCCGGAUAGACACCCUGGAAGAAACAGAAAGUUCUGCAAGGGAGAAGGACAGAGGACUGCAGGAGCCCGGCGAUCGAGAAUCUAGACAGCAAGGCUCGCUGUCAGAAGUGGAGGUACUGAGGAGAAGGGUGGUGGAGAUGGAAGGAAAAGACGAAGAACUUAUCCGCAUGAGAGACCAGUGCCGGGAUCUGGACUGCAGACUGGUGAGGGAGACUAAAAAUUGCUCGAACCUGAAGGUUGAGGUGAAUAGGCUCAAUGGGAGAAUUAGUGAAUUAGACCGCAUAGAGGAGACUUUGGGAAAAAGCAAACAAGAGUGUUGCAAUCUGCGCGACAGCUUGGAAAAAGAGAGAGAUGUCAGCAAGAUGCUCUCGGGUGAGGUGGACUCCCUGAAGGUCAAAGUGAGGGAGGUGGAAGCGAGUGAGGGCCAACUCGAAAAGAGUGAGGCGGCAAUCAGACAUGACCUGGCCACCCUCAGGUCUCUGACGGCGGCCUUGGCAGAGGACAGAAAGACCAUGUCAGAGAGACUUCUGCAGGCCGAGGAAAAGCUCAGCGGGUUGGGGAGCAAAAAUUCCGCAGGGAGUUCAAGAGAAGAGGCACAGAUUUCAAAGGCAGAUGUGGAAGACAAGAUAACAGACAUGACAAAGGCUAGGGACGAGUUACAAGCCAGGCUCGCAGUGGAGCAGCAGAGAAACAUGGAGUUCGAGAGCAAAAUGGUCAUUAUGAGAAAGAGGUUACAGGUUUUGGAGAACCGCAGAGAAAAGGAGGAGAAGUACAUGCAAGGCUCCAAUAGCACCAGCCCUCGUUGCCAAGCGGAAGAGAACAAAGCCAAACAACUCACGUGGGAGCUGGAGAGGCUACAAAAAAGACUGCAGGACAAGGAGAUGAUGGAGAAAGAACUGAUGAAAGUAGAGGUCGACUACGAGUCUCUGGAAAUGAGAUUUAAAGAGGAACAGAUAAAGUCCAAGUCUCUACUAAAAGAACUUGAGGUGGCCAAAAAGGAGCUUUCCGGAUACAAACAGGCAGAAAAGCAGGACGUCAACCAAGAACAUCUCCUCCUUUGUCGUCUUCAGAAGGAGCAGGUCAAGUCCAGGCUGCUCGGGAGAGAGGUCAGUGCCCUAAAAGAGCAACUCCAGCAGCUGAUGGGUACAGAAAAAUCCAUUAGCAGAGUCCAGACGGAUCACUCUGCACUCCAGGGUAAGUUGACGCAACAAGAAGCAAGGAACCGGGAACUCGCCCGAGAGAUGAGGUACCUGAGCAGCGAACUCGACAGAUACACACACUUAAAGAAUCUCACGCCAGGCGAUAAUGAAGAGCAUUAUCGCCCCACCAAAGAGGUCCAGACCGAGCCAGCGGCUAGCCUGCCUCCUGACUGCCAACUGCCCUCUAUAAUAAAUGAAACAUUUGGCAAGAAAUGUGACGAGGAGGAUUCAAACCACAACGUCGAAGUCAUAGACAGCCAGGGCUCAACUAUCGUCAGCAACCUUAACAGUUUGAACAGUGCCAACAACAUCGUGAGCCAAAACAGAGGCCUCGCAGCCAACGGGGUAAAUGUGCACCAAGCGGCUAAUGGGGACGUCAUGAUGCUAACGCACACGCCAGGGCAGCCGCUGCAAAUCAAGGUGACGCCUCAUCACAUUCUCAACACGGCCACCCUUGAGAUCAGCAGCCCCACGGCGGACGCCUCCGCAUCCUUCACCAGCACAGCCUUCAUCCCGUCCGGCGGAAACACACCAAACCAAAGAAUCACCAUCAUCCAGAAUAAGACGCCGCCCUCGAGUCCCGACCGUACGAUCUCCCUGCUUAACGGGACGCCCGUCUCUCGAAUUAUGAGUCCUAAUUCAUCCCGAUCGGCGACGCCCGACCUCCCGAUCCAGAUUCUGACGGUCAGGACUUGUUCGCCGGAGCCGACCGACAUCGGGAGCCAGGCCGCCUUCUGCAUGAAUCCAGAGCGACAGAACAGCUGGCAGCACGUUUGCUCCAACAGCCCAGACUCCAGCCCUAGCAUCAUCACCACGGAGGACAAUAAGAUCCACAUCCACCUAGGGAACCCGUAUCUCCCGUCUCAUGGCAUGCCGCCGCCUGUAAGGCCGUACUACCUUCGACAUGAGCAGAGGACUCAAGUACUUGCCAACGGCUGCCAUGUUAAAGGCGUCGGCAAGAUUACCAGUAGUAUUACCAUAUCUCCUACCACUUCUCCCGCCUCACACUCCCCGAUGUAGCAGCUGUCAUUUUGAUGAGGUCAAAAAUGUCAGAAUGUCUCUUACCGUACAUAAUGUAUUAUUAGACUAUGCAAUUAAAUCGAUACAUGUUAUUUUUUUUAUAAUGACACACCAUAAUUUGCUAAAAUACACGUAGCUAGUAUUUCUUUUCCAUAUAAUACUUUGUGCAGCUGUUUCUACUGCCUGUAUGAGAACAACAUGAAACUACAAUACAGUGGCUUUUAUGUGAA